AUGCCUGCAUUGAGCCUCUUGUUGUGCUUUCCUGCUUCUGCAACGUGCGCUGGCUCGAGUCAUCAGAUAUUCACACGCGACCCAACAACCUUCAACUGGACGAGCCUUACACCCUUAACGACUUUGAACUGGGAGAGCUGCUACGACACUUUCCAAUGCGCCCGACUUGCAGUACCUAUGCUUUAUUCUUCCCCAUCAAGCGAUCAAGCUGCUGUUGCACUAAUUAGGCUACCAUCUAAUCUAUCUACCACCGAUGUGAACUACAAGGGGCCAAUUCUGUUCAACCCAGGUGGUCCUGGCGGUUCGGGAGUGCAGUUCAUUCUCGAAACAGGAACUUCAUUUCAGACGAUGCUCGGCCCGGAGUUCGAUAUCGUCGGAUUCGAUCCACGAGGUGUUGGAUUCACCACUCCGCCUAUAUCGGUCUUCAAAGACUCAAUUGAAGCUGGAGCUUUCUUCAUACAACGCGAGUUAGACAUAAACGCGACUGAAUCUUCCCUGGGAAGAUCAUUCGCGCAGCAGACACUGUUAGGGAAGCUUGUCGAAGAACGCGCCUUAGAUGUAGCGAAGACAGUGUCGACGCCCACAGUAGCUCAUGAUAUGCUCAGUAUUACCAGAGCGGCCGGACAUGAUAAAUUACAAUAUUGGGGCUUUUCCUAUGGAACCGUUCUCGGAGCAACUUUCGCUGCGAUGUUUCCUGACAAUGUCGGCCGCCUAAUCAUCGACGGUGUUGUGGACGCCGAGGCGUAUUACAUGGGCAACUGGACCGGGUUUAUUCUCGAUAUGGACAAAGUAUACACUAAUAUCCUUGAUGCAUGUGUCGAAGCUGGGCCAUCCUUGUGUCCUAUAUUUGAGAACACCACUGCCCAAGUCCAUACUCGCGUUGAGAACCUUAUGGACAAACUGCGCAUCGAGCCUGUCUUGCUCUUCAACAGCACCGCAAUUAACUCGGCCAUCGUUGACUACUAUGCCACUGUUCGAGAUCAAAUGUUGGCGACACUCUACUUUCCAUAUGAUUCCGGUGCAAACCUCACACAGGCGCUCGCGGCGCUGGAGCAAGGUAAUGCGAGUCCAAUUUAUCACGGUUCGAGCGAAAGUAUGUUCCACGCUUUCCUUGAGGGACAGUGCCCGGCACAGACCGGCGAGCCAUUUGUGGCUGGUGUGUUCGAUGUCACAUCGACUAUUCUGUGUGGGGAUAUUGUUACGGAUGAUGUACAGACCAUCAGUGAUGCACGAGCUGCUUAUGAUAUCGCAUCUAAACUCUCUCCCGAAUUUGCGGGAGUGUGGCUUGGUGAAGCUUUGUGCUCUGGUUGGACAGUUCGAGCAGAUGAUCGGUUCAACGGUUCCUUUAUACAGAACACGAGUUUCCCGUUAUUAGUCAUCGGGAACGUCGCUGGUAAGUGCUUCGUAACUGGUUCGUGUAGUUCAUCGACAUACGAGCUUGACCUUAUCAAAUCUCUUGAACCAGAUCCAGUCACGCCAUUGGCAAGCGCGGUCAAGAUGUCGAAAGGCUUCGCAAAUUCCGUCUUACUGACGCGGAAUGCAUCGGGCCAUACAUCGCUGUCCGGCGUAUCAAAUUGUACUUCUCAAGCCGUACGUACCUACUUUGCAGACGGCACCCUUCCGAAGGAAGGCACGGUCUGCGAAGUCGAAAGUGCUAUAUUCAACUCACCAUCCGGCUCUAUGGGUGGAAUUACGUCCGUCUUGCAGAGAAUUAAACAUCGUGGCAUUGGACGGGGGCUUUUCUGA